AUGAGUCCGACCAAACGCUGCAUGGAAUACCAGAUUUUGAAAACACCAACAGAAGAAAGUGGAGAUAGUAGUAGAGAAGAUCACAAUAUAGCAACAUCACCAGGUGAAACAGAUAAUGAUACAAUUGCUGAAAAGGAAGAAAAAAUUGCUAGUACAGAAAACAUGGUUUCUCCAGCGGAUUUAAAAACCCGACAUUUGGGAUUUACAAGAACAUUGUUUCUGGUUGUUUGUGGAGCAAUGAUCGGCACUGGAGCGCAGUUUGGCUAUGCACUCGGAGUUAUGAACGCGCCAUCGGAGGUAAUUAAAAAUUUUACGAAAUUAAUUUAUUAUCGCCGUUAUAAUUCGACAUUGACAGAUCAUCGUGCUGAUUUAUUAUAUUCAACAACCAUUUCAGUGAUUGCACUUGGAGGUGUGCUAGGUGGACUAUUAGCUGGACCCAUAUGUGAUCGCUUAGGACGGUUCGAUGAUAAAGGAUUUUUAAUUAGAAUGAUCAUGGGUUUUCAAGGUUUUGGUGCUGUUGCUGGUAGUUUAUACAUAACAGAAAUUGCACCACUUCAAGUUCGUGGUAGUUUCGGUGCUUGUUUUCAGUUAUUUAUGGCGAUGGCUAUAAUGUUAGCACAAGUAUUAGGACUCGAUAUUAUACUUGGUAAUGAUCGAUUAUGGAAUUAUUUAUUUAUUGUACCAAUUGGAUUUAGUCUAUUACAAAUUAUACUAUUAGUAUUUGCUUAUGAUACACCAAAAUUUUUAUUACAAAAAGAACGAGAACAAGCAGCAGAAAGAGCUUUAAAAUGGUUUCGUUAUGAAAAAGACAAUGCAAUUGUUCAAGCUGAAAUACGAGAAAUGCAUGCAGAUUUAAAUAAUUUAAAAACAAAUUCAACUAAAAUUACAUUGCAAGAUUUAUUACAAAAACCGUUACUACGUAAAUGUUUACUGAUCUCGUCAAUGACGCAUGUUGCUCAACAAUUGAUUGGAAGUAACGUAAUCUUCUAUUUUGGAGAUGUUAUAUUAGCUCGAACUAAUUUACCUUAUGAAUUUGCGCCAUAUGCUUCUCUAAGUUUUGGUAUUACUUAUUUGGCUGUAGCAGUAACACUUGUUUUUAUUUUGGAUAAAGUUGGACGACGUUCGCUAUUUUUAUAUGGUCUUGUUGGUAUGGGAGUAGCGGCCAUGGGUAUUGGCGUUACAAUAUUAAAAUCAAAAAGUAUACGUUUGUAUCAUAUGAUAUUUUUGAAUAUAUUUUCUAUUAUGGGACAUGCGGGAUUUUUUGCAUUGGGACCAGGUGCUAUACCAUGGGUCAUAACCAGUGAAAUGUUUUUUCAAUCUGAACGUGCUUAUGCUUCUAGUUUUGCUAUUAUCGCUAAUUGGCUAACAUCUUUUGUUGUUGUUCAAUCAUUUAUACCGUUGUUUAAUGCUAUUGAUUCAAUAUUAUUUCUUAUUUAUGGUGGAAUCUGUAUGGGUGUCUUUUUAUUGUCAUAUUUACUUUUACCUGAAACACGUCGUAAAAUACCGGAACAAGUUCAAAUAUUAGUUGCCAAAGGAACAGUUUAUAAAGCGAAACAUCAACAAUAA